CCCUUUGUGACGUAGGACAAUGCCUGCCACGCGUCCGAACUUGGCUGCUCCGCCAGCCACGGGGAGCGAGCGAGCGCCUGAGGAAGCUUGCUGUUGUACUGCGAGUAACCAUGAAUUUCUUAUCUGGAUUAGUCAUUUUCUUUUACCUGUGGGGCUUUUUUAUGGCUCAGGGACAAAAGAAAGAAGAGAUUACAGAGGAAGUAAAAAUAGAAGUUUUGCAUCGGCCAGAAAACUGCUCUAAGACAAGCAAAAAGGGAGACCUACUAAAUGCCCAUUACGAUGGCUACUUGGCAAAGGAUGGCUCAAAAUUUUACUGCAGCCGGACACAAAAUGAAGGCCACCCCAAAUGGUUUGUUCUUGGUGUUGGACAAGUCAUAAAAGGCCUAGACAUCGCUAUGAUGGAUAUGUGCCCUGGAGAAAAGAGAAAAGUGAUUAUACCCCCUUCAUUUGCAUAUGGAAAGAAAGGCUAUGCAGAAGGCAAGAUUCCACCUGAUGCAACAUUGAUUUUUGAGAUUGAACUUUAUGCUGUGACCAAAGGACCACGGAGCAUUGAAACAUUUAAACAGAUAGACACGGACAAUGACAAGCAACUCUCUAAAACUGAGAUAAAUCUGUACUUGAAAAGGGAAUUUGAAAAAGAUGAGAAGUCACAUGACAAGUCCUAUCAAGAUGCUGUUUUAGAAGAUAUUUUUAAGAAGAAUGACCAUGAUGGUGAUGGCUUCAUCUCUCCCAAGGAAUACAAUGUAUACCACCAUGAUGAACUGUAGCAUUGUGAUGUUUACCAAGAAUGACCAUGAUGGUGAUGGCUUCAUCUCUCCCAAGGAAUACAGUGUAUACCACCAUGAUGAACUGUAGCACAUUGUGAUGUCUACAUUUUUUUUAGCUAUUUACUAUAUAUAUAAAAGUCAUGUUUUUCAAAAAUUGUGUUUACUAUUUUCCCCCUAGAGAAGAUAUUUUGAUCUGCUAAAUACAUGUGAUUUUGAUAUAAUGAAAAUGUGCAGCCAUUUUGCAUAUUUAACUUUCAAUAAAGGUGUGAUUGUG